AUGGAUUACGAGGAACUUCUUUUUGGUUUACAACCAAUUAUCAAUGCUGACCCUAUAAAUACUAUUCCAAUCCAAGAGGUUUAUUUGGAAAGUUAUUUGACAGUAUUGGAUCAGUUGGCAGUUUCAUUGAGAGCACCUAACAACAGAGAUGUGGUUGGACAUACUGGAUUGCUUUCCAACUUAUUAAGGGUUUUAAAUGGAAUCUUAGAUAUUUGCUUUCAUAAUGAUUAUCAGAAUUUGCCUUGGUUUAAAUUAGCAUCUGAGUUGAUAAGAUGCAUUGCUAACAGUUUGAUAGAUAAUAAUACUAAUAGGGAGAUAACUAUGGGUAACGUGGCCAACAAAAAUGAAAUUUUAGAUUAUUAUAUAGGAAGAAUUUUGAAAUUGACAUCUUUAGGUGAUGAUGAAACUAUAUUAGAACAAUUACAAAUGAGAUCAAUCGUAUUGGUGAAAAAUUUAUGUCUAGAGAGCAAUGAAUACACACUAAAAUUAUCAAAGACUUUAAAGGGCCCAUUGUUAAGCUUUCUUGGAGUUUCUCAACACGUUUAUCUCAAUGACCCUGAUUCAGCAGUAUUGGCAACUGAAUUGUUUAAUGAGUUUGUUCAAGUAAAUUGUGAUGGCAUCAAAAUAGAAGAAUUAAGAUUCUUAUCAUUAUUUAUUGAAAGGGUAUCAAAAACAAUUGAAAAUAUAGUAAUUGAUGAAGAUGUAGAGAGUACUGAAAUCGUAACCAAUUCAACUGAAAAAGAAGAAAAGGAAGAAAUCGAAGAUGAUCCAAGUGUAGAUAUUCAAAUGAAUUUAAUUAUGGCUGCUGAGGCAAUAGUAUCCAAAAAUUAUACAUUGGAUUUUACCUCUAAUACAACAGAAACCACAAAUAUUCAGCUGUCACUUUUCAAUGCAUUAGAGAUACUUUCUGUAAAGGAAUUUCAUAAUAAGUUAAUUAUAAUGAGAAGAAUUGUUUCAACAAUAGGUCACAUUUCUGCAAAUAAUACAAACUCAAAUAGAAAUGAGCAAGAAAUUUGCAUCGAUAUUUUAAAAAAUUCUCAAUUUGGAUAUAAAUUAGCUGCCGCCAGUAUAGUUUUAUCAAAUUCCAUUAAUUGCAAAGAAGAUGCAAACAUUCUAUCAAAACAACUUGAAAUAUCAGAUGUUAUACCUAUCGGAAAAUAUUUUAGAGAUCCAAUGCAAUUCCAAGGUUACCUUGAUCUGUUGAAAAAAUUAUUGAAUCUAAGUAGUGCUAUGUUCAUUACCAAAGACGAGAUGAAAGACCUAUCAACGGUGAUUAAAAUUUGCCAUGACCAAACUAAAUACUUCUCAUCCCUAUCCCCACUCUUAGAUAAUUUAAUCAACAAGUUCCUAGUGACUGUACCAAGUUCAACUAUUAAGAAUAUUGUUAAUGAUCCAAAUGAUUCAUUAUUUUUAGAUGUGAUCAUUGAGAGAGGUGGAAUAUUAGUAUGCCUGCUGUUAGAUAAGCUCCUUGUUACGAGGGAUUCUAUCUCUGAAGAUAUAUUAGAUAAAUUAUUCAAGUCAGCAUUUCAAUUUCAGGAUAGUUCAGUGGCAUCCAGUCAAGAAGGAGCAGGCGUUUCUAUGUCAUUCUUAUUUCACAUUUCAAAAACAAUUGGUAUUUAUUUAAGAAAUUGUGCGCAAGAUAAAAUCAAUAACAACAUAAUCUUUACGAAUCAUAUAGAUAAAUUCCUGGUUUUGAUGGAAACAUUAUUAUCAUUAAAAGAUAAAACUGAUAGAGCUAGUGAAAGCUGUUUUAAUAACGGUAAAUUUGUAUCGGGAAUGUCAAUAGAAUUGUUGAAAAACAUUGAUGUACUAACAAUAGAUGAAACCAAGCUUUAUGACAUUUCAAAAGAAUAUUUCAGCUGA